AUCUGGUCUGAGUCAGUCCAGCAGCCCGGGAGAGCGGCUGAGCAUGCAGGCUUGUUUCAGUGGGAGGGUCUUGGAGAGAGAGCCAGGCUUUUGAAAAAGUGCUCUCUAAGAUUUGUAAAUGUGUUGCUGACGUGUGUUUGUGUUCAGGGCCAGGCGGUCUUUUGUUUGAGCCCACCAUCGGCAUCAUCAUCUUCAUCAUCAUGAAGGAGGGUGGGAGUAGAGGGGAGGAUGAAUAGAGCUGUGCAGAGGGAGAAUUCACCACUUUGAAGGAGGCUGCAGGACAAUAUUCUGGUCUGACUGGUAGAUGAGCACCUCUAUCUUGAAGAACCUUUUCAAACUUUUUAUGGAGGAGACCUCAGCAGCCCGGGCUUCCUGGACGGAUUUGCCAUGAGUGAAGAAAGAUCUGCGUGCACUGCAAGUGUGUGCGUGAGGAGCAUGCUGUGCGCUCGGUGCCCGGACAGCUGGAGAAGAUGAUGACCAAGCUGGUGUCAGACUUUCAGAGACACUCCAUCUCAGAUGAUGACUCGGGCUGUGCCUCAGAGGAGUACGCAUGGGUCCCACCUGGACUCAAGCCUGAACAGGUCUACCAGUACUUUAGCUGUCUGCCCGAGGACAGGAUCCCCUAUGUGAACAGUCCGGGGGAGAGAUACCGGAUCAAACAGCUGCUGCAUCAGCUUCCAGCCCACGACAGUGAGCCUCAGUACUGUCACUCCCUGGACGAGGAUGAGAAGAAGGAGCUGCGCUUGUUCAGCCACCAGAGGAAAAGAGAGAACCUGGGCAGAGGCGCGGUCAGACUCUUCCCCGUGACCAUGACCGGAGCCAUUUGUCAGCAGUGUGGCCGGCAGAUCCGAGGAGGAGACAUCGCCGUGUUUGCCAGCCGGGCGGGACACGGCAGCUGCUGGCACCCGCAGUGCUUCCGCUGCGCCUCCUGCAGCGAGCUGCUGGUCGAUCUGAUCUACUUCUACCAGGACGGUCAGAUCUACUGCGGCCGGCACCACGCGGAGAGACUCAAGCCUCGGUGCCAGGCCUGCGAUGAGAUUAUUCUAGCAGACGAGUGCACGGAGGCCGAGGGCAGAUACUGGCACAUGAAGCACUUUUGCUGCUUUGAGUGUGAGGCGGCGCUGGGUGGUCAGCGCUACAUCAUGAGGGAGAGUCGACCGUACUGCUGCUCCUGCUAUGAGUCGCUCUACGCUGAGUACUGCGACACCUGCGGGGAACACAUAGGUAUCGAUCAGGGUCAGAUGACCUACGAGGGUCAGCACUGGCAUGCCGUGGACGUUUGUUUCUGCUGCGCCCGCUGUCGCCUGCCCCUGCUCGGGAGACCCUUCCUCCCACGAGGCGGACUCAUCUUCUGCUCUCGGGCCUGCUCGCUGGGAGACGACCCCAACAACUCUGACUCGUGCGACUCGGCGCUGCAGAGCAGGUCCCCUCAGCACCGGCGCUGCGCGUCAGCAGAUAAAUACCAGUCGCUGCACUGCGGUUCCCCUCUGCAGCCGCGAGAGGGCGCUGAUCACCGGCUCAUAACGAGGAGCAGCCCUGCAGUAGAGAAUAGAGGGGUCCACUGCUCUGCUCCGGUUCAAAAUGGACUCUCCUCUCCGUGUAGUCGGCCUCACCAUAAAGGGUCCUACUCGCCCCUCCCUCACAUUCAUUUAGGAAACGGCCUCGGGCCCUCUUGGCCCUGCGACGUCCCUCACUACAAUUUGCUGCCGAGCGACUGCAGCAUCCCUUCUCCUGUGACGGAACCACAUGGCUCGGGAAAGGCUGGCCUUCCCAACGGUGUUCUGACCUCCAGGGGAACCUCUACCGCUGUAGACUGCAGGAACUGGGUGGAGCGGACCAACCAAGUCAUGCAAGUGUUUCCUCUCCAGAAGAGUUCCGCCUCCCACGGGGGGCUCAUCUCACCUGACUCCCCUCCGCUCCCGCCUCCUCUACCGGUCAAGUCACGUGACUUGACUCCUCAGUCGUCGCCCAUGAUGAGCGCACGCCCCCUAGAGGUCACCUCGUCUGACUCUCCACCGCCUCUCACUCGCAGCGGGACGGCCCGGGUGAGUUUCAGGGAGCCGAUCAGCAGCAGCUACUCCAUGGAGGAAGACGAGGAUGAAGAGGAGAAUGAGGAGGAGCAGCGGAACUGCGAGGAAAGCCAGCCGCCGCAAGAAGAUGAGCCAGAAGAGGGAGGAUUCGGAAGCAGGCUGAACCUGCAGAAAGGAGUUCCAGUGCAGAUGGAUCUGCUCGAUGGAUCUUCUUACCACCAGCGCAGUCCACGACGCGGGUGGAGUCGAUCCCGCCUCCCCUCAGACACUAUGCUACAUGCAGAAAGACGUUGCCGCCGCUCCCGUUCCGACCGACCAGAUCGACCCAGACUGGACGCUCUGGAGUGGCGAGGUGAAAGUCGGGGGGAAACCAGCGGUCCAUCGUCGUUGACCCUGCAGUCGGGCCGCUACAAGCACGAGGACUCCUGCUCGACAUGCUCCUCCUCAUCAGACUCGGAGGCUGAAGGUUACUUCCUGGGACAGCCCAUCCCUCUUCCCCCACAGCUGCAAAAACCCCACUCUGUGUCGGGAAAAGGCACCGAAGUGGACGAGGAGCAGGAGCUGCAGAGGGAGUGGGGGCUGAGGGGAAGUUUCAGACGAAGGCGGGCUCACAGUCUGGGGGCCAAGGACAAAGAUAAAAACUGUGCCAUCUCAUAACUGAACCAAUUGGUCAGGAGAAUUCACAGCCCUCAAAACAGCAGCUCCACAACCAUUUCAAAGUUGAGGUGGAUGACUUCUCAUAGUACUCUUUUAGGAAGCAGCAAGAUAGUAAAAAC